GAAAGGCCGUGUGAGUGGAGUAAAAGAAUUGUGGAAUAAAUAAAGAGCUGAAACGUUUUGCGCGCUUUUUUUUAAGAAAAUAAAGAAGAAAGAUAAUUAUGUUUGUUAAAGGAAAUAAUAAACUAUACGAUUAUUUAAUAAGUUAAAUAGUUUAUUAAUAAAUGUUAAAAUAAAAUCGAAAACAAAAACUUUGCAAAAUUUGGAAGAGAAGCAAAAAAAAAAUUUUUUCAACGAGUCAUUAUUAAAAGAGUUUUUGUUGUUGUACAAAAAGAGUGAGCUAGACAGCAUGACAGUAAUAAACGACAGAAAAGAGUGAGAUAAAAUUAGAGUGAAAAAAAUUGAUUUUUUUAAUAAAGGCAAAAAAAAAGUGAUUUAGCAAGUAAAUAAAUAACAAAUUGUGCAAAAACUAAGAAUUUUUUUUUUCUGCGAAGAAAAAGAAAACAACAAAACAAAAUUUAAUUGAGUUUUUAAGGGAAAAAUAUUCGCAUAUGAUUUUUUGAAUGAUGUCCACGGAUGGUACACAACAAGCCGUUACAGUCACGGUUAAAGUGGACGAUACGAUUUCCGGUGGUGGUGGUAAUAGUAGUGGCUCUGGAACGGGUGGCGGCAAGUGUCAUCAAAUGUCUUCCCUGACACCACGUUUUACCCAUGAAGAAAAGGAAAUCCUUUAUACACUAUUUCAUCAGCAUGAGGAAGUGAUUGAUAUCAAAUUUCGCAAAAAACAACGUUCCAAGUACUCGGUACGCGAGGCCUGGGAACAGAUAGUGCGCGAAUUUAAUUCAACACCGGGCGUUAGUGCUAUGCGUAAUUUGAAGCAGAUACAAAAAUUUUGGUUAAAUGCCAGACUACGCAAACAGUAUCCCUUUCGCAGUGGCCAACAAAAACAAAACUCGAAUAAUGACAACAACACAAGUCACAUAAUGAAAGAUGAUGAACAUCAUGUCAUCAAAGAUGAACCCGAAUUUCAUAUUUCCAAUAAUGAAAACUCCGAACACAAUGAACAAAAUGAAUCUUUCGAAGAAAUGGAAAUGGAGACGAGUGGUGUCAAUGAUAUCGAAGAAGAUCCUUUAGAUGCUCAGCAGCAGCAACAACAACAACAGCAGCAGCAACAGCACCAACAACAACAACAGCAAUUACAACAACAAGUAGCACAAGCUGCCACCAUACAUACCCAACAAAUAAGUGUAGAUCAAAUAUCGGCCGAGAAGUUGACACUUAAUGAUCUAUUGCAGUUUAAAACCAACAGACCUAGAGAAGAGAUAAUAUUACAGAUAAAGCAUCCGGCAGAUACCACUGGUACCCAAAUAACCAUACCUUCCCCCUCACCCACACGCAUUACCAUACCCACUCAUCAUCAGCCGCAGCAGCACACCAUGGCCACCAUUACGGCCAAUGGUUUUAAUCAACAGAUCAUUAGCGAAAUCAAACCCCAACAAAUCACUUUGGCUCAGUAUCAGGCUCAACAACAGCUGCAGCAACAGCAAUUGGCUCAACAACAGCAGCAACAAUUGGCACAACAGGCCCAGCUGGCUGUACUGCAGCAGCAGCAACAACAGGCUCAACAACAACAGCAGCAACAGGCUGCUGCCGCCGCUGUAGCAGCCGCAGCUGCUGCUCAACAGCAACAUCAACAACAGCAGCAGCAGCAACAACAACAACAACAGCAGCAACAGCAACAAGUUAAAAUGCAACUACAAACACCCACCUCACAAUUUGCCACCGCUACACCCACAUUCACUUGUACCACCUUCAGUGCCUUGCCCACGGCGGCUGUGGCAGCUGCUGCAGCAGCCAACACACAACACACUAACACCUUAACUACAAACAAUCCUAAUAUUGCCACUCUCACCGCCAAUAAUCCCACUUUGACGGCUAACUUGUUAAACUCAACAGCCCCCAUAGCCUCCAACACUGCCGCCCAGGAUUCAUAUGAAGAAAAAAUCAACUAUUUCAAGCUAAAAGAGGCAGAAUUACGCUAUAAAGAGCAACAGGUUGCUUUAGAGAAAAAGAAAAUCGAAUUGACUCAUGCCCAAGAUCAACUAAAACAUUUGAGAGAAGUCCAUCGUUUGCAGGUGGAAGAAUUGAAAAUGAAAAUACGUAUACUACAGGAAGAGGAGAAGCAAUUGCAAAAAUCCUCCUCACCCUUGGGUAGUUAAAGGGUUUAACUAUUUCUUUUAAUAUUUUAUUAAAAUUUUAAGUUUUUUUUUUAAACUGUGUGUUUAGUUUUUCUCAAUUUUUUUCUAUCUAAUUAUUUAUAAAUAGUUAUUAAGUCAUUUAUUUGUUUAAGAUUUUGUGUGUGUUUUUUCUGAAAAAGAAAAUAUUAUUAUAGUAACCACCCCCUCCCUCUCCCUGCUCAUAUUAUAUUUUAAAUGUUUAAAAAAAAAAAUUUAACUAAAAUGUAUGUUUAACAUAACAUAGUGUAUUUUGUAUAUUAGUUUAUAUAUUUGUAAUUUUAAACCACAAAAGAUAAAGAAAUUAACAUUGUUUAAUUUCCGUAUUUGUUUAAUAUUAAAAAAAACUGAUCAAAAAUAAUCAAAAAAUUUCAAUUGUGAAAAGAGAACAAAUUAAAAGCAAAUAAAUACUGGAAAAUUAAGUAAAAAAAGUAAAUAAAUGCAGCAAGAAAAAAACGACUACAAA